GUGAGUCGGUUUUUCCUACCCUGCGUGUAUAUUCAUUCACCCACCAAGAAAAAGUGUAUAAAAAAUCUGUGUUUUUUAUCUUCCUUGUGUCAAAGACGCAAAAUACAUACGGAGUAUUUCUGGAACUUCUGCCAUACACAUCCAAAGAACUGAGCAAGAAUCAAACAAAUGGCAGCCGCAGCCGCUGUUUCUUCCGCCAUCUCAAGGCUACUCAAGCCUACCUCCCCCUGCAAAUCUCUGUCUACCAUUUCCCCCAGAUCCCUAUCUUUCCCUCAUCGCAUAAUUCCCCGCCGCGGCCAUCAAAGCCCACUAAGAUUCUCCACCACCACAAGAAUCUCCGCCGCAAUCUCCGUUGGUGAUAAGCUCCCCAAUGCCACGCUGUCCUAUUUCGAUUCCUCCGACGAACUCCAAUCCAUUUCCGUCUUCGACCUGACUUCUGGCAAAAAAGCCAUCAUCUUUGCCGUCCCUGGCGCCUUCACGCCCACCUGCUCCCAGAAGCAUCUUCCCGGGUUUGUAGACAAGGCGCCUGAGAUCAAAUCCAAGGGUGUUGACACCAUUGCUUGCGUGUCAGUGAACGAUGCUUUCGUGAUGAAGGCAUGGAAGGAGAAUUUGGGGAUCAAAGAUGAGGUCUUGAUGUUGAGCGAUGGGAAUGGACUGUUUACUAGGGCGAUCGGGCUUGAGCUGGACCUGAGUGAUAAGCCCGUUGGGCUUGGUGUGAGGUCCAGGAGGUAUGCCAUGCUUGUGGAAGAUGGGGUUGUGAAGGUGUUGAAUCUGGAAGAAGGUGGAGCUUUCAAUGUAAGCAGUGCUGAGGAUUUGCUCAGAGCCCUGUAGAGGUUCUUUUGUACUGAGUAUUUAUUUUUCGCUCUUUCCUCUGUUUUCUUAAAUUGCAUCUUGAUGAGUGAUUUGAAUUUGGAUUCUGUCCUUGAGGGUUGAUGCCAUGUUUUGUUUGUACCUUUCUUUUCCCUUGACCCAUGCUGCUUAUGAUCAAUAAUUUCACUGGUGUGGUGUAGACUCCCGAGAUUGUCUGCUUUAAAUACUAGCGACUGCUAACUUUUGUUUUCUUAGCUUGGUCAUUGUCUU